AUGAUGCGUUAUUCAGAGCGAGAUGUAGUGCCCCCAGCCUGCCCCAAGACGAAGCUGCUGCCGGCUGCUCGGGAUGAGCUGGCGGCCCGUCUCCUGAACGAGCAGCGGCAUGCUCUGGACCUGGAGGAGGACCUCGCCUCCCUGGAGGGUCAGCGUGGAGGGGAGGGUGAUGGACGUGCCGAAGGCCGCGUCACUGCCCAGAGCCCGGCCGCAGUGGCGCCCAGCAAGAUAGUGGGCCUGCAGGAGCGGGUGGCGGCCCUGAAGGCGGGGCGGGACCGGCUGAUCUCGGCGCUGGACACCCAGGCCGCGGAGGUGGAGAGGCUGCAGUCGCUCAACGCCGCAUUGGCCGAGGCGCUGCAGGCGUCGCAGCGCACCGCCGCGGAGUGGGAGCGGCAGGCGCUGGCCGGGCUGGAGCACGCCGCGCGGCUCAAGGACCUGCUGGAGGAGAGCGCGGCAUGGUCCGCAGGUGCAAGUCCGGCCUCCCCCCGCUCCGACGCGCAGCAGCGCCUGCUGGAGGAAAGCGCGGCGAGGGCGGCCCUGGAGGUCCAGGUGCAGGGACUCAGUGCCACCCUGGCGCAGGCCGCGCUGGCAUCAGGCCAGAUGGAGAGGGGGGUGCUGCCCGUGCUGAUGCACGUUGAGGCGGAGCUGCAGUGCCUGCUGGCGCGCGGCGCCGGGGUGGAGGCAGGGUAG